GCCCCCUGCUGAUGGCGCCGUACCGGAGAAAAGGAGCCGUAAACGCCGCUGAGCUGCUGAGCCGGAGGAGCAGAGGUAUCCGGGAAGCUGGCACUCUGAGCAGGCACAACAUGAGGGUCCUGAGAGGUAUCAUCCUCCAGGACAGCAGGGAGUUCAUUAAAGCAUGGAGCAAGACCUCAAAAUCCACAAUAAAGUAUCAGGAUGGCAAAAUCUACUUACAAAAUUUCCAGAACUGCUACAGCUGUGUUUAUUCAGAGCCUCAACUUCUUUACAAACUGCCCAAGAGAUCUAAAUUGGAGAAAUUUGAAGAUGCCCUGUUGUGUCAGAGCUCGCUUGAAAGUACAUUAGCCUCCCCCUCUGAUCAUAAACCCAGCCUCUUGGCUCUGACGGCCGAUAAUUGGCUGUGUCGCCUUUCAGCUGAAACGGGAGAAGAGCUGCAGAGAGUUUACCUCUCCUCGAAACACAAGUUCAGGUAUCUUGGUUGGGAUGUCACUCAAGAGAUAUUUUAUGUUAAAUCUGUUCAAAACAAAGAAUCAUCUUUAGCACGACAGGCAGGUAUCACUCAGAAUACAGUGAUGCAUAUGGCCAUCUUUCAUGUCUUCCCCCUACAAAUUCUGGGCAUGUUGGAGAUCAACAAAAAGAUAUUUGGCAAUGGGGUCACCGAUGUUGAUCUGUCUCUAGGGGUCCUUGUGGUGUCUUACAGCAACAAGUCAGUGAAGCUGUACAGUUUUGAGCACAUUGUACAAAAGUACUUGACAGAGAAGUUAAUGCUUGGAAAGCAGAGUUCACUUCUUGGAGGCAAAACUGUGGGAGAUACUCCGUUUGGCAUCCCAGUAAAUAUCCAGAUCACAGAUUGUCCUCCAGUGCUCUUUGAAGUGUCAUGCGCUCAUAACAGUUUCCAGAUUGGAGGCUACCCGUGGCACUACAUCUACACACCACCGCAUAAAAGUCACGAAGGCACUCACCACAUCUGUUCUCUCAAGGAAAGCACUUUAGCAAUACAUGGUAUACAAAACAUGGACUGCUGCUCUCUAGUGAGUGAUGCCAUCUUCUUCCACCCUGAUGACUCGGGGAGAAUCUUUCAUGUUGGCCCCGCCACAAUAAAUGUCCUUAAAAUCAAAGGUGAACUGAACAGUGGUUUACCAUCAAAGGUAGUUAAGGAUUUCUCCAUGGCAACUCUUCGAAACAACAAUCCCUCACAAGUAACUGUCACGUCAUCGGGCCGCACAGUGAAGAAAAGAUUUCAUCAGCUGGAUGAUGACCCAGAUUUAGAGACAUUCCAUAUGGUGGAAUAUGAGGAUGAGCUUGACCUUUUGGCAGUGGUGGUAACUAAUGGUGAGGAGGGAGAAGGCAGAGCCCACAUCCGACUGCACGACAACCAGAGUGGGCAGUUACUUCGGACGGUUGAUCUGGAGGAACCAUGGGACGAAACGUACCGACAUGAGUUGUUUUUUGAUAAGGACACAAUUGUUCAUAUUGAACAAAAGAACACCAACUUCUGCUGCCAUGUUUACAAACUCAAGGCUGCCAGAAAAUAAGUGCCAUUUACUUUGUAAGGUUACAUAAAUAUUUGAAUUCAAAACUUGUUUUUGUACAGGUUUUCUGUUAAACAUAUCUGGAUCACUGUGUCAAUGUUUCUUAUGUGUGGGUUACAUUAACUUGGUCCGUCUCAAAUAUCAACAUUAUUUACACUCUUUAUCUUUAAGAAAAAAAGGGUUUUGGUAAUAAGUAAAUGAUGGUCCUUUGCUACUUGUCAUCCUCUCUCUCCCUGUCCUCAAGUAAAAGUAAUAAAGUAUUGACAUCAACAUAUAUUGAAAUAACUAAUGUUGCCCAUAUUAGAAUUAUCUAUAUUUGAGUAUUACAAUAAGUGAAUAAUAAUGUAUUAGUGGAUUAUAUUUUGUAUUUAUGCAUUCACAGUACUUAAAUACUAUUAUAAAAGACUAAAUACAGUCCACUGGUUGUAGCCUAAUAGAUAAAACAUAAACAAAUUGUACCGUAACAUUUUUGUAAUUU